CCGACCCGAACGACUCAAAGUCAUCCCGCCAGCCAGCGCCUCAUUGUUUUUCUCUUUUGAGACCUUUGGAUUUUGGAAGGUCUUGAUCAUAAUGAGUGCGGGUACAAGAAGCUGCUGGUGGUACGAUGGACAAUACCACUAGUAUGAGAUGGAAAGCCAUGGUGUUGGUUCUGGUGAUCGGUGCUGUGGUUGCCGCAAUCGGGUUUGUCUCGAAUGGUCCCACUAUGGCUAACAGUACUGGUACCACUACAAGUAAUGGUAUCAGACUGCUUCAAAACAUGAUUGACGAUCCCAAGGGACCUCAUAUCAAACAACCAAGCACCCGAUUUCAAGGCUUGGUGGAACUCUUGGUCACGGCCGAAAUCAGUACCCUCCAGGAUUUGCAAGACCCAAAUUCUCCUCAGUACCAGGCUGCUGACUGGAUGGCCAACGAGGACGAGUCGGAAUUGGAGGAUUUGAGCCACAGCGACAACCUCCCUGCCAUUACCCAACGAUACAUCCUGACGGUAUUCUACUUCGCCUUGCGAGGACCCUACUGGCCCAAUCAAUUGAAUUUCUUGCAACCUGUCAAUGAGUGCGAGUGGAAUCUGGUUGGCUUUGUGGACGAUGGCCUCAUUCGAACCUACGGAGUCACUUGCUUUGAGGACACGGGGACCGUCCGGAGAUUGUAUAUGCCCUCCAACUUUUUGGAAGGCUCCUUUCCCAUGGAACUUUCUUAUUUGACACACUUGGAGGACCUCUUUGCCUUUAACAGUCCACGCCUCACAGAACCAUUUCCAGCAUUUUUGCAAGGUCAUGAAAAUAUUGAAACCAUUGGGCUGCACUACUGCGAUCUCAAUGGGACACUGCCCGAAUGGGUCGGUGACUUGACAUCCCUCGAGAGCCUCAUCUUGUCCAACAAUCAAUUGGAAGGAUCACUCCCCGAGAAUUUUGCCAAUCUGACCAAUCUGCAACAACUAUACCUCGAUGACAACUUUCUCCUAGAGGUCAACAUGACCUUGUUGGCCAACAUGACCCGCCUUAGGCAUUUGGUCUUGGAACAAACCAUACUAACAUCGUCGUCCUUACUGGACGAUGUGUUGAUUGGUGGCUGGCCAAGAUUGGAGAUUCUAGACUUGAGCGAAUGCAACUUGACUUCCACCAUACCCGCCAGUCUAUUGCAACAUCCCACGUUGCGGAUUCUGGAUCUCCACGACAAUCAACUCUACGGAACAUUACCCCCACGAUUGGCAGACACCAACACCGCUCUGGAAUUGCUGGCACUCAACUACAACAAUCUUACAGGGGAAAUUCCCACCGCAUUUGGUCAACUUGUCGCCCUGACACACUUGGAUUUCUCUGUCAAUCAAUUCACUGGCACCAUUCCGGACGCAUUGAGUGAAAUGAGUGAUUCUCUGAACAUUCUAUUCUUGGCAUCCAAUCCCUUUCAGGCGGCACCCAUUCCCUCGUUUUUGCAGGACAUGACCAAUCUCAUCGAAUUGUCCUUGAAGAAUACGGCACGAACCGGAGAGAUUCCCUCGUGGAUUGGCGAUACUCUGCUACUGUUGACACUGCUUGAUUUGGGGGAGAACGAGUUGGGAGGGUUCAUUCCAGAAUCUUUGAGUGGUUUGACCUCUUUACAAGUGCUGAUGCUGAAUCACAAUCAGCUCAGUGGCACCAUCCCCUCGUUGCUGUCAUCCAUUCAAUAUAGUCUUGAGUUCUUGUUGAUGGAAGGCAAUAACCUUAAAGGCGAUGCUGGGCCAGUAUGCGAUGGUUUCUCUGCAACACGUGAAUUCUAUUCCGCAGAUUGUGACGAAAUCGAUUGUUCAUGUUGCGAUGUUUGCUGUGUGGAUAGUGACAGCGAUUGCAAUGAUAGGAAUUGGUUGAUUGAUGCCGAUCCCAUUUGGGAACUGGGGUUUGAACGGAUAUGGCAGCCAGGAUUGAGCAAUGGCGGUUCGUACAUUGUCAACUUCAGUGGAGAGAUUCCAUAA